AUGCAGAAUCGUAAAAAAUCACAGCAUAGAAAAUCAAUCGGCACAGCUAAUUAUGCAGCUUAUCGUUCUAAGUCCAGGCCUAAGUCUCCUUCGUAUACAUUAGCUAAAAACUUCAACUAGCCAGCUAAAAAAUCGCAUGCAAACGAGGGCCGAUCGAACAAGAAGUUCAAGAUUAAACUCACAGAAAAUUUCAAUAAUCACAAUACAACCACAACAACAGUGCAAAACAAUAAUAAUCACACUAAAAAUAGUAAGAAGACUUCCCUGUCCAAGAAAAAGAGGAGAUCUGGAAGGGAAAGCCUGGAUAUGACAUACAUACAGACCAAUAAGAGGAAAUUAGAUAUGUUUGGAGUAGGUAACUCAACAACUACAUCUCAUUAAAAGCACGGGGACACAUAAGUAAGGGGAAGGGUAUUCUCGCCUAAUGAACGCAGUAACUCACAAAAAAGUCAGAGCAGAAGCAGAGGUAGCUCUCAUUAUAAGCCAGUUCAUCAUUCAACUCAGCAGAAUAAUCCAAGAGCAAACUGCUACAGCUUCAACCAUACUCCUAGAAAUCAUCAAUCGCUGGACAAGAGAAGAACUAAAGAAGAGGAUCAAGAUCACCAUCCAAUCUAUAACAUUCCGAGUGAAACGGCAGAGGAUGACUAGAAGUCAACAUCUCAUUACAACACUCAGACAAGAAAUCACACAGAGUCUAGAUAUAGCUCUAGCUGCAAAUAUGACAGAGACCAAGAAUAAGAGCAUUUAUCUAAAGAGUUAGCUCAGGCUAAGAAUAAAAUCUACGAGUAAAAAUUUAAAAUAGACACUCUUAAAAAGCAGAUGCACGAAUUAGAGUCCGAAAACAAGUCAAUUAAGGACAAGUUUCACUAAGAGUAAGAUAAAUCUGACGAAUUCUUCACUAAGGCUGAGAAGUAUAAAAUGAUAGCUAAGGACUUCAGAAGAGAAAUAGAGAAUUUACAGGUGCAGAUCGAAGAGUUGAAACUUAAAAUAGAGUAAGAGACUAAAAACUACGAGACCAUAUUUAGAAUCAAAGAGGAAAAUGACAUUAGAGAACUGAAGCAAAGAAGCCAGUUGCAAUAGAGCAUGCUUGAAAAUUUGAGGCAUCUGCAGGGAAUAGCUUCUUAAAUAGACAAGCAAUGCCUUAUGAUUAACCCAAUUAAUGACCUAUUUGAGCAAAUCUAGAUGGUAAAUCAGUAGAACUUCGAAAGCAGUCACUAAAAUGGAAUCAGACCAUACGAUGAAGUUACUCUGAGUUAGGAGGGCGAUAACAUCAAGCCAAAUAAUAUCUGUUUCCGUAGUAUGGAAGAAAAGGAUAUGAAGAUCGCUCCAGAUGCUAUAAUGUACAGUGGCGAAAGUAUAAAUGUAGAUGAUUAGCAAUAGAAUUUUGAUUAUAAUCAGCAGCAGUAAAUGCUUGCAAUGUACCAGCAUUAAUAGUAGAUUAUAGACAGUACUAAUAAAUAGCAUAAACCGCCAAACGAAGACUAAACCCCUUCGAUUAGGAAGUAUCACUAAAAUAGAUCUGAUAAAUAAUAGCAUGUCAGUAAUAGUAACAACGUUAGUUAGAACAACAUCCCACUAGUAAUGAAUUCUCAAAACCAACUUGAGAAUACAGCUAACUCCUACAAUCAAAGCUUCCAGCAGUCUUCAUCAACCUACAACCAAGGGCAUCAAAUGGCUUUGACCCAGUCAUAGUUCGAAGGCCUGCAGCGUAUUUAGCAAGAGAUGAUUUCUUUGAGAGAGCAGUCCAAGCGAGUGCUAGAUGAAAACAUUACUCUGAACGAGCGCAAUCAGAGACUUCAGGACCAACUAGAGGAGAUUAAGACCAAAUCUGAACAGCAGUCACUUCUUCCACAGUACAAGGAAGCUUUUGAGCAGCUUAGAAAAGCCAAUGAAAACAUGCAGAAGAAGAUAGAGAUGCUUGAGUAGGAGAGAAAUCACGUGAAUCUGACUUUGAAGGUGGAGCAAGACCUUAAAGAGAUGGCUGAAAAGAUCUCCAAGUACGACUAUGAAAACCAAAACCUCAGAGAAGAGAGAGACUUGUUUGUGCAGUAGAUCUAGAAUCUGGAAUAGUUCAACAGAAAUCAAGAGAAAAUGAUUCACUAUUUCUAGCAGCAACAACAGCAACUGCAGCAAAACAUGAGCAAUUUGCAGAUGAAUCAGCAAUCUCAGGUGAUUACUACUCAGCCAUCACUAGCCAUUGAAGGGACUAGCAGCAAUAUGCAGUACAAUUUGAACGUGCCCUUGAUGAGGAAAACCUCAAAUACAAAUCUAGUCAACUCCUCUUCAUCCAACAACAUCAAAUAGCAAAUAAAUAGAGUGGCUGAUCUACAGAAUAAUCUCACUAAUGAUGAUCAAAAUCUACUUAGUGACUUGUCCAAAUCUCCGACAUCCCAAUAUUUCUCAAACAGAACUGAUAACUACAACUAGGUGCAUGCCUUUACUCUGAAUCAGCAUACCAACUCAGACUUUAACUUGACCUAGUCGAUUUUAAACAAAUCUAACAGCAGAGGCACUCGCAUGAGUAAUCUCAAUCCCUAGCAGAACAACCUCAUCAAUACUGAGAGCAGCAUGUAUCUCGAGACUACAAAUAAUGAACGCAACGACAUCCUCUAGCAGUAUAACACUACUAACAACAUGCUGAUGAAUGACUAAGAGAACUUAUUCUCACUAAGCAGCACCUAUCCUGAUAGGCAAAUGCGCUUGCAUUCACCCAGUGCCCACCACAAUCAGAGCAAUCAAGCAAGCAACUCCAAUUCCAACACUGCUGGCAACAACCUAAGCAUAAGCCAGCUUAACACGGGAAAUUUCAAGAAUUCCACAAUGAAGGAGCAGUUUGAGAUAAAGUACAAUGAUGGAGUCAUGCCAUAGAACCCACAUAUGUUCCUAUAACAACAACCUACUAUUUAGAGUCAACAGUAACAGUAUCAAUACUAAAUGUAAUAGCAGUUGCAGCAUCAAUUUAGUUAGUAGAGCAGCAUGCCUCCAAAGAGCAGUACCAGGAGUGUGAAUUUGCAUAUCAAUGAUAUAAACUAAUCUUAGUCUUAAGAGGUUACUAAUAGAGAUAAAAAUCAGUUCAGUCUUAAUAAACUUGUAGGAGGAGGUAGAGUUUUAUAGCCAACAUCCAUAAGCAGUUACCAGUUUGUUAAUAACUAGCAGUAAAAUCUGAAAAAUCACGACAUAGUGACCUAUGAAAUGGAAUCCAGUGACAACUCUAACAAGAUGGCGAGUGGUGGGAACAAUAACAAGACAAUGGUUAUGAAUGAAUUCAGUGAGGACAGUAGCAGCAGUCUGAGUAAUAACAAUCUAAAUAGUGAUAGAUCACUAGAGAAGCAUCUCUAAGCUUUGAGAAUUUAAAACCAAAACUUGCUCAAUUCAUAACUAAACAACUUCUCGCAUCAUCAUACUAGCCAAGUUGUCAAUAUCAACAAAUAUCCAAGUGAAGAGACUUCAUUCCAAGUCUCAAACUCUAAUGCUCCUUAGUCUUCUUCAAUUCACAGCUUAAGUCUUUAUCCAUAAAAAUUUUAGCAAGAUUAUCAAAUUGAUUCCAAACCUAGUCAAAAUAGACAGAUCUACAACACAAUGAAUCAGCAGUAGAAAAACAUUCAACUCUAGAGCAACAAAGAAAAUCUAAUGAUGAUUGAUGACGAAUUCAUCUUUUAAAAUGGGCUGAAUUAGCUAUAACAGUAGUGCUCUUCUAAGAACAUUACAAGCAGUAAAAUUAAAAGUCCAGCAUUUUAUGAAUCGCACAAUAAUUUCUCAGAUACUGAGUUGAUCAAUAUUGAUUGUCACUAGCCGAAAGGUUUGUUUAAUUAGCAAAUCAUGAUGGACAAUAUAAUCACUUAAUCAAAACACUAAACUGAGAGUUACUGCACUACAGACAAGUAAAACACACUCACACACUGUAUGAAUGGCACAAACUUUAAUAUAUCAGACAGCUAAGUAGCCUCAACCACAAAUAAAAACGGAAGUGUGAGUGGAGUGUCUAAUUUUAUGAGUGAGCGCACUUUAAAUCUCAAAAAAGAGAUUACCUCUCUGGAUGAAGAGAUUCUCCUACUACAAAACAGCCUCAAAUAAGCCCUGAUUAAGAAAGGAGGUGCAAUUGCUGCCGAGGAAGACAGGUUAACUAACAGUUGA